UUUACAGAGAAAGAGUCAUGAAAAAUAAAACUGUAAUUUUGUAUAUAAAUGUGAUAUGUGUAUGAAAAUAAAUGUAUUUGAUGAUCGAAAUUUUUAUAUAUGAAAAUGGAUCCGCCUUCUACCAAUAAACAACGUACACCGAGUCGAUGUCGAGAAUGGGAACGUCAAAGACGAUUAAAAUUCAAUGACGCUAUAUCAAAACUUGGAGAAAUUGUUAAAUCUAUAAAUAAAACUAACAGUGUAACUGGAGAUGAAGCUGAUAAUGUUCAAUACCCUAAAAUAGAAAUUGUCCAAAAAGCUAUUAUUUGCUUAACAAAUUGUGUUCAUGAAAGAACACAACUCAAAGCAGAGAUAUUGGCAUUGGAGGUUAAACUAGAAGCCAUAGAAAAAACAAAGUCUGACAAAAAAGAUGUUUCAUUACAAGUCACGAUUGGGACAAAUAAGAAAAACCAAAAUAAUAGAUAUGUAAAAUUAUUAAUGUUAAAUAAAUCCAAGCACAAAAAUUCAAAAGAAAAAGAAAAGCUUAUUGAUGUAAAAUCAAACAUUAGUACAAAAAAAGUCACUGUACUAAAUAAAACACCACCAAAGUUACCCAAGUUACUACCUUUGACUAAUGUUAAAAAAGAAAAUACAAUUGUAAUGCUACCAGCCACUCCUUAUAUCUUUCCACAAAGACCUGUAUUAUUUCCUCAACCACCAACUAUUGUUUUAGUAGAUACAAAUUUGCAACCAAUAAACAAAUCAGCUAUUCCUAUUAUAAACAGAAACAGUAAUGACAUAACAAAAACUACAAUGGUUAAUGUCUUGCCAAUAUCUGCAUACUCUCAUCCCUUGUCAGGAAAAACCAAGAAAACUAAUGUCAAAUCACGAAAUAGUAUUCCCAAAAAAGGACCUAAAAAGGUUAAGUCUAUUGAUAAAAAAGAUGAAGUAUCAAUUAAUCAAUCAGAAACAGAUAAGGACUCUGAGAAAAAAACUGAAGUUACGAGUUCUGGUGAUAAAAAUACAGCAGUUAUUACUAAAGAAAAUGCAGAUCAAAAUAAAGAAACUUUGAAUGAUGAGAAAACACUAGAAGCAGACGAUACAAAUAUAUCAAGCUUAGACAAAGAGACAAUUACAGACAAUAAAAAAGAUACUGUCACAGUUAAAGAUAUAUCUAAGGAAAGCACUGAUAAUCAUAAAGAAAUAGCACCACCGAAAUGUUCGGAACCAUCUAUGAAUCAUGAUCAAACAAAUAUUGAAAAAACUAUAGCUCUACCAAAUCAAGAAGUUUCUGCUGAAAAAUCUGAAAUUAAUAUUUCAAAUGUUGUUGUAUCCAAAAGUAAUAAAAUAUCUGCUCCUGAGAAAAUGGAAGAAGUUGAAUUUAAAAGCAAAGAUAAUAAAAUACAAGCUAUUUUAGAUACUACAAUUUGUGAAAAUGUUGUUGACGUUGGAAAUGCUCGAUUGGAAUUGGCAGAAGAAUUUUUAGCUGCUUCACCAACUGCUGCUUUUUUGAUGUCCUUCCCAUUAGUUAGUGGCAACAGAGCUGAUAGCCCAGCUGAGGAAGCACAGAAUAUUAAUGCAAAAGAAACAAAUUUGCGAAACGAAACACCACCACAACAAGACUCUUAUUUUGAAAAACCAAUCAUACCAGAAAAUAAAAUUAAGUCUUCCAGUAAACCACCACAGAUUGCACCAGUCACCAAUACUGAAAAAAACAUUCAUAACCAUAAAUAUGAAAAUAAUAAUAAGUCAACUGAUAUUAAAACAACUACAUCUGUACCUAAUCUGAUGACUAAUGAAAAUCCAUUUUUGAGUUUACCAUUGCCAUCAGUAAUACCAUCAAGUUGUGCUCUCACUGAUUCUACAUUUGGCAUAGAUUUUGAUAUAUCUGUAAACAAAACUGUAACAACUCAGUCAACAACGUUUAAUAAUACAACUAACAAUAUAUUUUACAAAGGUGACCCAUUUAAUUCAGUUAAAAGCACUAUUUAUAGCACUAGUAGCAUUUCAUCAGGUCACGAAUUUAAUGGGUUAGGCUUAUAUCCGUGUGCAAUGGAGAACUAUGCAAGCAAAAAUAAAUCUGACUAUACUAAUGUUGACGAUAAUCUUAUGAAAAGAUUAACUUACGACAUUGACUUAGGUUGGUCUCACAAAAGUUUCGAUUUUGUUAAUUGUACAACUAAUACUAAUACGUUUCAUAAAGAUAAUAUAUUACCGAACACCACAACGCCCUUCUCGUCGACUUACAACCCUUUUAAUCCAGAUUUUCAUGUGCCCUUAGUUCCAAAUUCAACAAAAAAGAAUCCAGCUAGUAAGACUGGCACUUUUCCAGAACAAAUUACUAGUUUUUAUAAUCAAGGUGCUAAUUUGUGGUCCGAAGACGUUUCAUCCAUUUAUACAAACAGUAAUGUUUCAAAAAACUUUAUUGCAAAGCAACAGAAUUAUUUUCCUUCAGAACAUUUACAUACUAACAUGAAUGCAAAAGUAGGUAGUACCCCAAAACAAUUUUAUACAAAACAUAUGACAGAAAGCACAGCGGAAGGCGUUUUAAAAUCUUCACCUAUCGUUGGACACCACAUUGCUGACAAAUAUACAAAAAAAUCACCAAGUAAAACGCACAUUAAUUGGAUGACAUCUGAAAUAAGGCCUGUGCAGAAUAACUGCAACCAAAAUCAACCCGAAUUAAAAGAAACGAUUAAAGCUUCCUACACUCAAAAUGAACUAGGAUCUAAAAAACAUACACAAAGCGAGACAAAUUACUUCCCUAUUAAUAUGCAUAAUUUUCCACCACAACCCAAUCAUGAAGAACAUAAUGUGUGGCCAACAACGCGACCCGCAGGAACUACAGAAAUAAGUAUGGAACCACCUCCAAUAAACCUUCCUACGUUAGUUGGAGAUUUAGCUUUGGGUCCACAUGACAAAAAAAAAGCUGACAAUGUAAAUAGAACUUUACCACAUACAGAAUUACCAAAUUGUGGUAAUUUUCUAUCAGUCACUCAAUUAAUGAAUAGAUCAUCCGAAAAUAUGCCCUUACGACCAAAUGGUCUAAUAACUGAUACACCAAAAUCCAUUUCAACAAAACAAAAUAUAUCUCUUAACAAUGAAGUUAGCAGAAAAUCGCGCAUGGAAAUCCAUCCACAGAUUUGUUAUGGAUUUAAUGAUCCAAAAGCAUCGCAUACAUAUGAAAGCAUUAAUUCGUUUUCACAAGCGAAAACUAAAUCUAGUAAGUCUGACAAAAGUUCUAAGGCACAGAAAAACAGCUAUUCCGCUGAGUCAUUAAUAAGAGGCGGUAGUAAUUAUAGUCAAAAACUUCAAGACAAUAGCGGGCCAAAGUUUAUGGUACCACAAAAAUAUAACGAUUUUAAUAUAUCCCAAGAUAGUGGAGUGGCUCAAGUUUCACAUUUUCCACCUAUAAUCGAUUAUUCCGAUAAUACCUACGCCGGACAACAAUUUUCGGGUACUACAUUAUAUAAUUCUACUACAAAUACUAUAUCCAAUUCUUUUUAUACAAAUUUUAUGCCUGGAAGCACUAAUCUUAUGACCAGUAACUACACAAGCGGAGCUUUUCCUAGUGAUUUUGUAGACUAUAACCAAAGUACAGACUGCAAUAGUUAUUCAAAUCAUAAAUAUAGUGAUUUCAAAAUGAGAAACAACAUACCCACGUUCCCACAAGAAAAAGAUCCUCCAAAUUACAAAAGUUCUAGAAGAGAAUCUGCAGCAAAGCAUAAACUAGAAUGUUCUAAAAAAGAUUCUAAUAAGAAAUAUCAAAGUAAGAGACCUAAAAUAGGCAAUAAUGAAGUUGAAGAAUGGAAUGAUACGUCUCAUUUACUUUGGCAAAACAAAACCCAAACUAAAAGACAUCAGAACCUCCCAGAUGAGAUAACAUUUUCGAAUUACGUAGGAAAUCAGAUGCCCGCACAAUAUCAACCCGAUAUAUUCAAUAGCCACAUUAUGCAAUCAAAUAUGCAAAAUGUGGGACCAAAUGCAGAUCGAUCAUUAUCUAGCUUUCCGGUUACUUCUCGCGCUAAUUUCAAUCUUAGUGCGUUGUUUCCCGAAAUAACAAUGAAGGUGCAAUGACAUUGAAAUUAAUUUCAAUGGAUAAAUAAAGUAUACGCAUUAUAUGCAUUUGUGAUCUUAAUUUAUAAAAAUUGUGUUGUUGAUUAAAGUAAUUAUUUAUAUUUAUGUAUAUUAAAAGGAUCUUAACUCUUGAUGAG